CACAAAACAGCUUAGGGCUUUGUUUGUUGUAUGGGGAUAAUUACCUCAUUUCGGCACCGUUUAAAAGCCUUGACGCUGUUUAAUUACCCUUCUUGUGUAUAUUUGCCCUCAAAACCUGUUCCAGUAUUCUUUUGGUAGUCUCUUGGGACACAACGUUACGCUAGAUCUCCUGGAAUGUAGUGUUCAGCUGGUUAAUCUUUAAAAUCGUUUCACUCGCGAGUCGUGUUCCUUCGUCACGGUAGUGACCUCACGGUAACAUAAUCGCACCACUGCAUCACAGCAUGAGCUAAGAUCGUCUGAAGUAUUUCACGGAUUUCUCAGAAGUUACGUGAUCGAAUAGUUAGAUCAAUCGACUAUUAGAGCGGCGGUAUUCAAAACAACCUUGUAACGAAGGUAAGUAAACUUAUCUAUAAGGAAUGCGGUUGCCACUAUUUGUGUUUGAAUGAUAGCAAUCUUUUCAGGUUAUCUGUGUUUUAUAUGCAGAGCGUAAUCGAUAAUGAACCUUUGAAGUUUUCAAACAUGAAGCUUCAAAACCCUGGCGAUGUCGAAAAUUUAAAAUGGGACAUACGAAACAGCGCUCAAUACGUGAAUUUUGCUUUGUUUUCAAAGUGACAAGAGGAAAGAAAGUAAUUGUACACUAUUACAAUGUAGAACGCUUCACUACGCCAGUUGAGAGAAGGUUUUAAUUGAUAUCCUUCUAAAUCAGAAUUGAAAGGUCAGACACGGAUAUAAAAACCGAGAAUUCAUGACAAAUAAUCCGAAUAUCGUCGUAAUACUUCUUCGUGAGAGAAACCUGAGCACUUAAUCCUGAUAUGUAUUCAACGUAAUGUUCAAUCUUCGACGUAAAUCUCGAUAUAACAAGACUUAAGCAAUUGUACUUCUCUUAGCAGGUAUGGGUUAAAUUCUAACCAAAACAACCAUACUUGUUAAAAAUAGCUUUCUGCAAGAUUGGUAUUUAAUUUCCAAGGGUAGAAGGACAUCUGCCGGUUAAUUCGAGAGCAAAGCCCGCCUUCCUGAAAAGCCCAAGAGUGCGAUUAAGUAAAAACAUAAGAACGCAUUAGCAUUUAAAUUACCUAUCUUUUUUUCCCAUCCGAAAACAGUGCAACAUGUCAUUAAUGAAGGCAAGUCGUAAGAUUUACAUGUUGCGUUUGGCCCAAUUAAUGUUUUUUCACUCUAGCAGACGAGCAGAGGGCUACUGUUACUCAGGCAAAUGAUUCAUGUUGUGUACAAUUCACAUAUGUAGCAUUUCAGUCGAGAAAAUGUAUUUACAUUGUGAAAAGAAAUAUGUUUCGAUUCGUUUACAUGUAAGCCGACUGUCCCAAAAAGUUACAAAAGGUCACUAAUUAAAACGAUCAAUGAUGCAGUUUUGACGUUUUGAGAAGCUUAAUGUAUUUUCUCUGUAAAUUUGUUCUCUGUCUCAAAUUAUUUCGAGAAAAGGAAAACCGUUUGGUACUGUAAAACUCACAAGUCUUAACCAGUCUGACAUUAUUCGUACUUCAGCCAGGAAAAUUAUUUUAUCCUCAGGCCAUAGGAAAGCCUCAAGGAUCUUCGUUAUAUUUAUUAUUCCUAGGUACUCUUUCAUCAAAUUGCCUAUUCCUAAGUUACAUACAAUCUGUUGACUAUCGCCUUUGUUACCUUCGAUUGCCUUACACUUACACAAAUUACCAUAUUUAUUUUAGUGUUAAAUUCAACGAAAACAAAUAUCAGACGUCGUCUCCUUCUCCAUUGUUAUUUUUGCCGACUGAGCUUUUUUCUAAAUCACUCAAGGUUAGCACUGUUUUUUCGUCUUUUGUUUUAAUUUUUCAGCUGCUUAGGUUUUUCGGCGCAGUAUUUACAAGCGACUUUGAGGCCUGUUUCAUAGGUGAAGGGACGCGAAGAGCGUGGGUGAUAAAUCGAAGGGGAAAAACGAGGUACUGUAAAUAACAGUAAAGCCUUAGAAGACAUGGUUAAUAAGCCAUUUAAUUCGGGAAAUGACUCGUAGUCAAGCGGAAUGGCUUCUAAAGACUGGCAAUUGUAAAGAGUCUUUCAGUUUUUUGUAAGUUCUAACGUACACUUAAAAGAAAGCAAAAGGGUAAAUUUCAUUUUUCUGCGAAAGUUUAGUAGAAUUGGCGAUAAUCACAUGUAAUGUGAGUUUUUAGUAGCAAAAACAACCUAAAAUUUUUGUUCCCGAAUACAUAUACAGUCCACUGAGUUGACCAAUCACAGUGCGCGUUGUGAGAGAUACAAUAAACCCUUAUCGAUCUCGUGCUGUAACCAAAACAACUCUACUAAGUGUGAAAUAUGUUUUUCUUUUCUUAUUUAAAGAGGCUCUUUAUUCAAGAAUAGUUUAGAGUUGAAGAUGUGUGAUGGUCUUACUAGGCUGUUAAAAAUGCCAGUCGGAAAUGAAUUUUAAGCUUACCUUUAGGUCACGAAUUAGUGAUUAUUAAGAGAGAGUUUGAAAAUGACUUAAUCCCCAAAUGUUCAUUUCUCAGAAAUAAGUUCGUUGAUGUGGUCGUACUGAUAUACUGUCAUUUAAUUUCUGUGAGGUCUGUUUAUAUUUUACUUCAUCAACCUCACUUGUUUAUGUUUGUGAAUCGUCGACAAUAACCUUUUUUUGGUGUCUUAAAAAAACUGCCAUGUGAUACUUCAUCAGCAUCAUCUGUAAUGAGUAAAAAUAACGUAAGCUCUUUAAGGUAGGGUUUUAUCUUCGAGUGCUGUUAGAAUUAAUUCUCGUGUGCGCACUUAAGACUGCUCGUAUUUCAGUUUGCGCAAAUUCCAAGAGGAGAUGGUACUGCUCCGAAUACUGGGAUGCAUUGUUAUAAAUCAAAAGCACAGAAUGUAUUCCGUGAUGCUUCAAGACACUUGCUGUUAAAUAUUUAACGUACAACCGCACUAAAAAAAAAUCACGCGUACCACAUUAAGUAACCUUCCUUGGAGCGCCAUUGAUUACUACGAUUCUAAACUUGAAUCCCCGAAAAGAUCAUGUCCACCCCCCUCCCCCUUGAGGAAGAUCACUAAAAAAUGUUCCUAACUCAAAAAGUCAUUUACAGUGACUCAAAACCCUCCUCUUCUCUCACAAAAUCUCUUACACGCUGCAAAAAAGAGGAAGCCAAUGUGCUUGAAAGCUAAAGCACACAUCCUUAGGAUAAAUUGCUUUCAUAAAUCAUUCAAAAAAAUUUUUUUUAAACUUUUUUCCGUAGGAGACAUGUCUUUUAAAUUCAAUAAAAAGGCCGUGGUAACUGGCGUGAGCUCAGUAGAAGCAGACAAGUUCUUAGUGUACGCCCAAACAGUGAAGAAAGUCUCAUCAGAAAAUAGCUGUGCGCUGGACAGGAAUAUUUUUUGUGUCGACGUUGGGGCGGCGGCAUUCAAAAAACAAUCGAAAAAGGAACGAAAAUGGUUAGAAGAGGAAUUGGAAAAUGCUAAAAUAACUGCUGGGGUCAUUAUAACGGUGAACGGAAAAGAGAGAUACGUCAAGACAGAGGUACGCUAUGACAGGAUCACGUAGGGCAGUAAUGCAUUUUUAUUUUGAAGCGUCGUAAGGAAGGAGGCUGAUAUGUAAGGUGUUUUGUAGUUAAGCCUGCAAACUGAAUGGUGAAGGCAAUCGGUAGUUCUUCGCCCUUAUUUCAGUUGUUCGGUUGACUGUGAAUUGACUUGGCACUUGUUUUUGGCACGCUGGCUCACUGUUAUCAAGAACGACAAACUCUCUUAAAUUUCAGCACCCUCUUUUCAAUUGCAAUGUCUCUUUCGCACCUAUUUUGUCAGUCGUAGUGUCACACAAUAUAGGCAUCGUUGCGUGACGGGCCAUGAAGCGGGCGCGAAGGGGGAUAUCGUUUAGUUGCUCUAAUGAAGUAAUGAUUUAGUCGCGGUGUAAAGCGAAAUAGCAAGAAUUACAUAAGUGCACGACUGUUGCCUGACGUCGGCGCGGUAAAAAAACUCUUAUUAUGAGAUCGUUUAAAAAGAUUCGAAUGCCUACAGAAAUUGUAUUCACGUAACCCUUCUUUUUGUCCUUACUAUAGGUGGAGAAUAUAGAUCACCUGAGACUACUCGGUUCUCAAGCUUUCCAGCUAUUCUGUCCAGCUUUUGGGUCAGUUUCAGACAACGAGAUCUUCAACACAUCAUAUCCAACGGCCUCAAUUGACCAGGCGCGCCGUCUGGUGUGUGCAGAACAGCCGGUACCCAAUUUACGCUGGGUGCAGUGUAAAAACGUUUCAUUAACUUAUAAUCAAACCAAGGGUAUUAAAGAAGCCACCCUUUUGGCUGUUGACAUCGUCCAUAUGGAGCGCGCCGGAAAACUGGUCUCAACUUCGGUUCAACAAACUGUCACCGCUAAGCUUAACUGCAAAACGUUCUUAUCAAAAGUGGACCCUAAAAGUCCGGGCCCCUUUAGUUUUAGCCCCGCUCUUGCCUUGGUAAAGAUGGUGGACGAGGAUGUACCCGCCCCACAACCCCGAUCGUGGGCAGAGAUUGAAACUCUCCUCAUCCAUUAACUAACUGACUUUUUGUUUAAGGGGGGAGGGGGAAAGGCGCACCUGUUGACGUGAAUAAGAAAAUGGCACAAAAAUUGGUGCAGUUUUAUUAUAAAUAUCUUAAAUUUUGUGAAAACGGCGUCCUUCCAAAAUUCCUAAUUCCAAGUAUUUUGUGCAUUUUGACUUAAUUUCUUUGAUUUACCAUCUCAAUCUAUCUCACUUUUCCGGUAUAUUGAACGUAAUUCAUUUUAUACUUGGUGAACAUUUUUAAAACAAUGGAGGAAAAGUGUGAUUAACUAAUCAAAUAAAGUGACAUAACUUAAAUUUUGACCUAAAUGUCCCUUUGUUCAAAGGGGAUUCCCACCAACAUACCAGAUUCAUUUAC